GAUGGCCCUGGGCUGGGCCUGGCCGGGCUUGGGACGGAGCCCCGCCCUGAGCGCCCCGCCCCACUCCAGUGGCUAGGCAGCCGCCGCCCUGGGUGCGGUGAGCCCUUGGCCAGCCUUGGCACUCUGGCUGGGAGCUGGCUUCUCCAGCUGGAGCCAGAUCCGGCCCCUGGCAGCCCCCUGCCCCCAGCAUUGGACUCCAGAUGACUAUCCUGAUGCAGCCCCGGUCUUCAUGGCAGGAGCCUAGCCAGUGAAUCUGGAGAUGGCAAACUUGGGAGACAGCCGAAGGCUUAGGGCUCCGCGGGGGACGGCUCGGCCAUGGCUCCCAUUUUUGGAGACCAGGCGAACUUGAGCUCUCAAGGGAAGUGUGGUCACCUCCUGGGGCAAAAAGGCUUCAUUUCUCCGCCUCCAGUGUGGUGCUUCUGAGAAGUGAGCAGCUGGGAUGUAUGGAGCCCGACCUCGGAUGUGGAUUGGAGGGAGUCUCCUGUGUGUUGGAUCAUAAGGGCUUCUGUUAAAUUGUCUUGGCUUCUUGGGGACAAUCAAUGCACUGCCUUGACUUCUCAUGACGGGAAAGCCCACUCUACCUUUCCUGUACUCCUGGAGGGGAGUCUUGCUCACAUGUUUACCAGCUGGUAGGACAAGGAAGAGAAAAGAAAUGAGCCGCCAGACUGCUACAGCACUACCUACAGGUACCUCGAAGUGUCCGCCGUCACAGAGGGUGCCUGCGCUGACUGGCACGACUGCGUCCAACAAUGACUUGGCGAGUCUCUUUGAGUGUCCGGUCUGCUUUGACUAUGUGUUGCCACCCAUUCUUCAGUGUCAGAGUGGCCAUCUUGUUUGUAGCAACUGUCGCCCAAAGCUCACGUGUUGUCCCACUUGCCGGGGCCCGCUGGGAUCUAUUCGCAACUUGGCUAUGGAGAAAGUGGCCAACUCAGUACUUUUCCCUUGUAAAUAUGCCUCUUCUGGAUGUGAAAUAACUCUGCCACACACAGAAAAAGCAGACCAUGAAGAGCUCUGUGAGUUUAGGCCUUACUCCUGUCCGUGCCCUGGUGCUUCCUGUAAAUGGCAGGGCUCUUUGGAUGCCGUCAUGCCCCAUCUGAUGCAUCAGCACAAGUCCAUUACAACCCUACAGGGAGAGGAUAUAGUUUUCCUUGCGACAGACAUUAAUCUUCCUGGUGCUGUUGACUGGGUGAUGAUGCAGUCCUGUUUUGGCUUUCACUUCAUGUUAGUCUUGGAGAAACAGGAAAAAUACGAUGGUCACCAGCAGUUCUUCGCAAUUGUACAGCUGAUAGGAACACGCAAGCAAGCUGAAAAUUUUGCAUAUCGACUUGAGCUAAAUGGUCAUAGGCGGCGAUUGACUUGGGAAGCGACUCCUCGGUCUAUUCACGAGGGAAUUGCGACAGCCAUUAUGAAUAGUGACUGCCUAGUGUUUGACACCAGCAUCGCACAGCUUUUUGCAGAAAAUGGUAAUUUAGGCAUCAAUGUAACUAUUUCCAUGUGUUGAAAUGGCAAUCAGGCAUUUUUAUGGCCAGUGUUUAAAACUUGCAUUCAGUUUCACAGAGAGCAAGGCAGCCAUAUCUGCCUACCAAAUGAAACUCUUUGGAUAGGUGGAAGCUAGACACAGGAAGGUAAAUAAAAAGGAAGGCUGUUAAAUACAGGAAACAGUUGCAUGUAGUAACACUAAUAUAUUUAAAAAUAAGUCAACAGUAAACCACUGAAAAAAAUAUAUAUAUACACCCAACAUGGGCAUCUUUUGUAUUAAGAAAAGCAUUGUAAAAUAAUUCUGAAUUUUGUGUUUGUUGUAGAUUGAUUGUAAUGUUGAAAAACGUUGGGCUUUUUGUUUUGUUUUGUUUGUGUGUGUGUGUGUGUGUGUCUGUCUGUCUGCCUGUCUCUCCCUAACUGACAAGCCAUCUGAGUGGUCUCAGACCACCGCUUUUCCCCUUUUGUCAGUCAAUACAUAGUGCUGCUGUGUUUCUGUGUGUGUGUGUGUAUUUGCUAAUUUUUAUUAAUUUUAGUUUUUCAUUAAAUAAACUUUGUUUUCUGUAAUUCAGGUUUUUCUUCACCUUUUUUUUUUUGGUACCUUUUUAAAGUUAGUGUCUUUGAUAAACAUAAUCGUUCAUGGUGAAGUUUGUGUUAAAUACGUAUUUUCUUUCCCCCCAUUAAUCAUCAGUUCAUCGGAAACAGUUUUGCUUUGUGAAGAGAGGAAUUCCAAAAUAGGUGACGUCAGAACAAUUAUCAAAAGCAACUAAAGCAACUGUGAGAUGGUCUUUCUCCGUUCACUCUUUUUCUUUGCUUUGAAUCAUACCUUCAGACCUUGACAAGUUAGGAAAUAAAUUCUGGUUCAUAUAAAUCAGGCUGGUUUUUUGUUUUGUUUUGUUUUGUUUUCCAAAUGUUGUAGACAAAUCACAUGUUCAAAUUUGUUCUUGUAUUUAUUGGUUUUGCAAAAGAAAGGCAUCGUCAUACACAGUAUUUGUAAUUAAAAGCAAAUCAUUUGUUUAAAAAGACAGUUUGCAAAAAAAUAUGUUUUUGGUCUUUUAUAAUUCUCAUUAAAAGAAUAUCUGGCAAAUCAAAACAUCUUAAUGUGUCUGCUUCAGCUCUAGAUUGGGUAACCCCAGUUACUCCUGGUCAGCUGUGUGGUGACGUCAU